UAAGAAAUAUUCCAGAAUCAGCUUACCCGAUUUAACCUAAUUGUCAGCCGAACUCGCCACUCACCAACACAACAGCAAACCAACUCGGCCCCGCAACUCAGUGAAGAAGAAAAAUCCGCAGUUAUUCCUCCAGCUCCUUCUUUCCUUCCGUCCGCAUCCAUAUUACUCCCCUUUCUCUCUCUCUCUCUCUGUUUACCAAGUCAAGUCGCCUCUUUCUCUCUCUCUCUCUAGAAACGGAAUUAAUUUCAAAAACUGAUUCUAUUUCUUCCCUCCGGUCACUUCACGCCAGCGUCGCGCUAUUUAUUGACAUAUCAGUUCUCUCUUCUUAAUUCGAAUAGAAACGCUAUAUCACGUUUCUGCCUCGUCUGCAUUUGUUCUUUUGUUUGGCGGAGAGAGAGGAGGAGGCCGAUCAAUCGGAGCUGAGAGAUCGAUUGAGGAAAAACAAUGGCUCAGAUGAAGUAUCUGAUCGAGGUCGAGAAAGGCCAGCCUGCCAAGGACGGGAAGCCGUCGAUCGGACCUGCUUACCGCAGUAUUUUCGCCAAGGAUGGAUAUCCACCUCCAAUUCCUGGACUGAACAGCUGCUGGGACGUUUUCCGCAUGAGCGUGGAGAAGUAUCCAAACAACCCUAUGCUCGGCCGCCGGGAGAUUGUGGACGGCAAGGCCGGAAAGUAUGUGUGGCAGACGUACCAGCAAGUCUACGACAUAGUUAUCAAAGUCGGAAAUGCGAUUCGCAGCUGCGGUGUUGAACCGGGAGCGAAAUGUGGAAUCUAUGGCGCCAACAGUGCAGAAUGGAUUAUCAGCAUGGAGGCUUGCAAUGCUCAUGGACUGUACUGUGUCCCAUUGUACGACACCUUAGGUGCUGGUGCUAUCGAGUACAUUCUUUGUCAUUCGGAGAUUUCAAUUGCUUUUACAGAAGAGAAAAAGAUUCCUGAGGUGUUACUGAGAUUCUCAUUACAUGUAUCUCAUUUUGCAGCAAUUGUGAGUUUUGGUAAGGUAACUCCCGAGCAGAGACAGGAGAUUGAAAAGUAUGGCUUGUCAGUCUAUUCUUGGGAAGAAUUUGUCAAACUGGGGGAGAAUAAAGAGUACGACUUUCCAGAGAAGAAGAAAAGUGAUAUAUGUACAAUUAUGUAUACUAGUGGAACAACUGGUGAUCCAAAGGGAGUUAUGAUUUCUAAUCUCAACAUCAUUACUCUUAUAGCUGGGGUCAAGCGGGUGCUAGAAUGUGUGGAUGAAAAGCUGACCUCAAAGGAUGUAUAUCUGUCAUACCUUCCUCUUGCUCAUAUCUUUGAUCGAGUGAUUGAGGAAUUAUUUAUUUUUCAUGGGGCAUCCAUAGGCUUCUGGCGAGGGGAUGUCAAGCUAUUAGUUGAAGACAUUGGAGAGUUAAAACCAUCCAUCUUCUGUGCCGUUCCCCGUGUGCUUGACAGAAUAUAUGGAGGCUUGACUCAGAAGAUCUCUGCGGGGAGCUUGUUGAAGAAGACAUUGUUCAAUUUUGCUUACUCCCGCAAACUGAGUAAUUUAAAAGGCGGGAGUAAGACAGACGAGGCAUCUCCACUCAGCGACAAGCUCGUCUUCAGCAAGGUAAGGCAAGGGUUGGGAGGAAAUGUGCGGCUAAUCCUAUCUGGAGCAGCACCACUCGCCAGCCAUGUGGAAGCUUACCUUCGAGUCGUCACAUGUGCCCAUGUUCUACAAGGAUACGGUCUCACGGAGAGCUGUGCUGGAAGCUUCGUGUCACUGCCAAAUGACAUGUCCAUGCUUGGCACCGUAGGUCCUCCAGUGCCAAACGUUGAUGUCCGCCUUGAAUCUGUUCCGGAAAUGAAUUACGAUGCUCUCUCCAGCACGCCUCGCGGUGAAAUCUGCAUCCGUGGUGACACCCUGUUUUCUGGCUACUACAAACGUGAUGAUCUCACUGAGGAAGUCUUGAUUGAUGGAUGGUUCCACACUGGCGAUGUUGGUGAAUGGCAGCCCGAUGGAAGCAUGAAAAUCAUUGACAGGAAGAAGAAUAUCUUCAAGCUCUCACAGGGAGAGUACGUUGCCGUGGAGCACCUUGAGAACAUCUAUGGCGGAACCCCUGGAAUCGAUUCGAUUUGGGUUUAUGGGAACAGCUUCGAGUCGUACCUGGUCGGGGUGGUGAAUCCGAACAAGCUAGCGCUUGAGAAAUGGGCUGAAGAGAACGGUGUCAGCGGUGACUUCAACUCCCUCUGCGAGAACCCAAAGGCCAAAGAACACAUACUCCAAGAACUCUCCAAGAUAGGGAAAGAGAAGAAGUUGAAAGGAUUCGAGUUCCUGAAAGCUGCACACCUUGAUCCGGAACCUUUCGACAUGGAGCGCGAUCUCCUAACUCCAACGUACAAAAAGAAGAGACCCCAGCUCCUCAAAUAUUACCAGAACGUUAUCGACGAAAUGUACAAGAGCAUCAACCGCAAGUGAAACAUGUCCCGCGGAGGAGAGAACAGGGGGACAAGAAGGAUGAAACCUCCGACGUUGUCGUGCUUCUGUGUGUUUUUGUGUUGAAGCCUUUUUCUUUGCGAAAGUUUCCUUUGUGGCUGUGUACAUAGUUAAAUUUUUAUCAACUCCCUAGUCUCUACUUAUUUAUUAGUUUGUCCGCCACCACACAUUAAGUCGAAUUUUUUCUGAAUCUACAAUAAGACCGCUCAUUUUCAUUUCUUUUUUCCCCCAUCCCCUUUCGCUUUUAGUUUUUUUUUUUAUAGUAAAUCUGUUUCAGUUUAAUGGAG